AUGGCACAAGUUUUGCCUAUACGUUUCCAAGAGCAUUUACAGCUCACAAAUGUUGGAAUCAAUCCAGCUUCAAUAUCGUUCAACACUCUUACUAUGGAGUCGGACAAGUUCAUCUGUGUCAGAGAGAAGGUUGGGGAGACUUCUGAAGUCGUCAUUAUCGAUAUGGCAGACCCAACCAACCCAAUUAGAAGGCCAAUCAGUGCAGAUUCCGCGAUCAUGAACCCAGCCAGCAAAGUUAUUGCUCUCAAAGGAAAAGCAGGUGUUGAAGCACAAAAGACUCUCCAGAUAUUCAACAUCGAGAUGAAAUCGAAGAUGAGAGCGCACACCAUGACCGAGGACAUCGUCUUCUGGAAGUGGAUUUCGCUGAACACCCUGGCGCUGGUGACCAGGCUGUCAGUGUUCCACUGGUCGAUGGAGGGAGACUCCACGCCCGUGAAAAUGUUCGACCGUCACUCCUCGCUCGCUGACUGCCAGAUCAUCAACUACAGGACCGACCCGAAGCAGCAGUGGCUACUGCUAGUCGGUAUUUCGGCGCAGCAGAACCGCGUGGUCGGUGCCAUGCAGCUCUACUCGGUAGAGCGCAAGUGCUCGCAGCCUAUCGAGGGCCACGCGGCCUCCUUCGCCACGUUCAAGGCUGAGGGCAACGCGGAGCCGUCCACCCUUUUCUGCUUCGCAGUCAGGACCGCGCAGGGGGGCAAGCUCCACAUUAUCGAGGUCGGCCAGACGCCCGCCGGCAACCAGCCGUUCCCCAAGAAGGCGGUGGACGUGUUCUUCCCGCCUGAAGCGCAGAACGACUUCCCCGUCGCUAUGCAGGUGUCGCCAAAGUACGACGUCAUCUACCUGAUCACCAAGUACGGCUACAUACACAUGUACGACAUCGAGACUGGCACCUGCAUAUACAUGAACCGGAUCUCGUCGGACACGAUCUUCGUCACCGCCCCCCACGAGGCCACCGGCGGCAUUAUCGGUGUGAACCGUAAAGGCCAAGUGCUGUCGGUGACUGUUGAGGAGGACUCCAUAGUGCCGUACAUCAACACGGUGCUGCAGAAUCCCGAGCUGGCGCUACGGCUCGCCGUGCGGAACAACCUUGCCGGUGCUGAGGAGCUCUUCGUUCGCAAGUUUAACAUGCUGUUCACCAAUGGACAGUAUAGUGAGGCGGCUAAGGUGGCUGCCAUGGCCCCCAGAGGCAUACUGCGUACACCGCAGACCAUCCAGCGUUUCCAACAAGUUCCAACCCAGCCUGGUCAAACAUCACCUCUGCUACAAUACUUUGGCAUUUUACUAGACCAGGCACAGUUGAACAAGUUUGAAUCACUGGAGCUCUGUCGUCCUGUUCUGCUUCAGGGACGCAAACAACUUCUUGAGAAAUGGUUGAAAGAAGAAAAAUUGGAGUGUUCAGAAGAGCUUGGUGACUUGGUGAAGCAAGUGGAUCCAACUCUUGCUCUGUCAGUGUACCUUCGCGCCAAUGUUGCAAGCAAGGUCAUCCAGUGCUUUGCUGAGACUGGUCAAUUCCAGAAAAUUGUCCUGUAUGCUAAGAAGGUUGGCUAUACCCCAGACUACAUUUACCUGCUGCGUUCCGUUAUGCGCACGAAUCCGGAGCAAGGUGCCGGCUUUGCUGGUAUGUUGGUUGCCGAAGAUCCCCCGCUGGCCGACAUCAACCAGAUCGUGGACGUGUUCAUGGAGCAGAACAUGGUGCAGCAGUGCACCGCUUUCCUCCUGGACGCGCUCAAGAAUAACCGGCCCGAAGAGGGACCACUGCAGACCAGACUGCUGGAGAUGAACCUGAUGUCAGCGCCGCAGGUUGCGGACGCCAUCUUGGGCAACGGCAUGUUCACCCACUACGACCGCGCCCACGUGGCGCAGCUCUGCGAGAAGGCCGGCCUGCUGCAGCGGGCGCUCGAGCACUACACCGACCUCUACGACAUCAAGCGCGCCGUCGUCCACACGCAUUUACUAUCCGCGGACUGGCUGGUUACCUACUUCGGGACGCUCUCAGUCGAGGACUCGCUGGAAUGCCUCAAGGCGAUGCUUCAGGCUAACAUUCGCCAGAACUUGCAGAUCUGUGUUCAGAUCGCGACCAAAUACCACGAGCAACUAACCACCAAAGCUCUCAUCGAGCUGUUUGAAAGCUUCAAAACUUACGAGGGUCUGUUCUACUUCCUUGGCUCCAUAGUCAACUUCAGUCAGGAUCCGGAAGUGCACUUCAAGUACAUUCAGGCGGCCUGCAAGACUGGGCAGAUCAAAGAAGUGGAGCGAAUUUGUCGUGAAUCAAACUGCUACAACGCGGAGCGCGUCAAGAACUUCCUCAAGGAAGCAAAGCUGCCCGACCAACUGCCGCUCAUCAUUGUUUGCGAUCGCUUCGACUUCGUCCACGAUCUGGUCCUCUACUUGUACAGAAACAGCCUGCAGAAGUACAUUGAAAUCUAUGUGCAGAAGGUCAACCCAUCCAGAUUGCCAGUUGUAGUUGGAGGGCUCCUCGACGUGGAUUGCGCUGAAGAUAUUAUCAAGAAUCUUAUACUUGUGGUCCGGGGACAGUUCUCUACCGACGAACUAGUCGCCGAAGUCGAGAAAAGAAAUAGGUUGAAGCUUCUGCUUCCGUGGUUGGAAACUCGCGUACACGAAGGCUGCACAGAGCCAGCCACGCACAAUGCUCUCGCUAAGAUUUAUAUCGACUCCAACAACAAUCCUGAGCGAUUCCUCAAGGAAAAUCAAUGGUACGAUUCGCGCGUGGUCGGCCGCUACUGCGAGAAGCGCGACCCGCACCUGGCUUGCGUCGCGUACGAGCGCGGACAGUGCGACAGAGAGCUAAUCGCCGUUUGCAACGACAACUCGCUGUUCAAGACGCAGGCGCGCUAUUUGGUGCGCCGCCGCGACCAGGACCUCUGGCUCGAGGUGCUCGCCGAGUCCAACCCCUACAAGCGGCAGCUCAUUGACCAGGUUGUACAAACAGCACUGUCAGAGACCCAAGAUCCUGAAGAUAUCUCCGUAACCGUAAAAGCCUUUAUGACAGCUGACCUACCAAAUGAAUUAAUUGAGUUGCUUGAGAAGAUUGUACUUGACAAUUCCGUAUUCUCUGAUCAUAGGAACCUGCAAAACUUGCUCAUACUCACAGCAAUCAAAGCGGAUCGCAGUCGCGUUAUGGAAUACAUCAACCGUCUUGAUAAUUACGACGCUCCCGAUAUUGCCAAUAUUGCAAUUAAUAACGAACUUUACGAAGAAGCUUUUGCUAUCUUCAAGAAAUUCGAUGUCAACACAUCUGCUAUACAGGUUUUGAUAGAGCAGGUGAAAGACUUAAAACGCGCCUAUGAGUUCGCUGAGCGUUGCAAUGAACCUGGCGUGUGGUCCCAGCUUGCCAAAGCGCAGCUUCAACAAGGCUUAGUAAAAGAGGCAAUAGACUCAUACAUCAAGGCAGAUGACCCCUCUGCAUAUAUGGAUGUCGUGGACACUGCUACCCAACAACAGUCCUGGGAAGAUCUUGUGCGCUACUUGCAGAUGGCCCGUAAGAAGGCUCGCGAGUCAUAUAUCGAAUCCGAACUUAUCUACGCUUACGCGCGCACUGGACGUUUGGCGGACUUGGAAGAGUUUAUCUCCGGGCCCAACCACGCCGACAUACAGAAAAUCGGUGAUAGAUGUUUCGAAGAUAAAAUGUACAAUGCCGCCAAACUUCUAUACAAUAAUGUCAGUAACUUUGCUCGUUUGGCCAUCACUUUGGUGUAUCUGAAGGAAUUCCAAGGUGCCGUGGACAGUGCUCGCAAAGCGAACUCUACUCGCACUUGGAAGGAGGUUUGCUUUGCCUGUGUGGAUGCUGGAGAGUUUAGACUUGCUCAGAUGUGUGGUCUGCAUAUUGUUGUUCAUGCUGAUGAGUUGGAGGACCUCAUCAAUUAUUAUCAAGACCGAGGGCAUUUCGAUGAGCUUAUCAGUUUGCUGGAGGCGGCUUUGGGAUUGGAACGUGCUCACAUGGGCAUGUUUACGGAGCUGGCCAUCCUCUACUCCAAGUACAAGCCUGCCAAAAUGCGCGAGCACUUGGAGCUCUUCUGGUCGCGAGUGAAUAUUCCCAAGGUGCUGCGUGCGGCGGAACACGCUCAUUUGUGGUCGGAGCUCGUGUUCCUGUAUGAUAAGUACGAAGAAUACGACAACGCCGCCCUCACUAUGAUGCAGCAUCCUACCGAGGCCUGGCGUGAAGGACACUUCAAAGACAUCAUUACCAAGGUUGCUAACAUGGAGCUGUACUACAAAGCAAUUCAGUUCUACCUUGACUACAAGCCCCUGCUACUUAACGACCUGCUGUUAGUACUGGCACCACGGAUGGACCACACCCGCGCCGUCAAUUUCUUCACCAAGGCCGGCCACCUACAGCUUGUGAAGGCUUACCUUCGGUCCGUUCAGAGCUUAAACAACAAAGCGGUCAAUGAAGCACUCAACUCAUUGCUCAUUGAUGAAGAAGACUACCAGGGCUUGCGAACAUCGAUAGACGCAUUCGACAACUUCGACACUAUUGCGCUGGCGCAACAACUUGAAAAGCACGAACUAACUGAAUUCAGAAGGAUCGCCGCUUAUCUAUACAAAGGCAACAACAGAUGGAAGCAGAGUGUGGAACUUUGCAAGAAAGACGCGCUGUACGCCGACGCAAUGGAGUACGCGUCGGAAUCGCGCCAACCCGAAGUGGCGGAGGAACUCCUCAACUGGUUCCUUGAAAGAGACAACUUUGAAUGUUUCUCGGCCUGUUUGUACCAGUGCUAUGAUUUGUUGAAACCAGACGUCGUCAUUGAACUGGCGUGGAGGCAUAACAUUAUGGACUUUGCUAUGCCUUUCCUCAUCCAGACUGUUCGUGAACUGACUACUAAAGUCGAGAAAUUAGAAGAGGCGGACGCGAAACGCAGCACUGAAAGUGCUGAACAUGAAGCCAAGCCUGCUAUGAUGAUGGAGCCCCAGCUUAUGUUAACUGCCGGUCCCUCGAUGGCGUACCCCGGCGUGGCCGCUCAGGCGUCGCCGUACGCGUACGCCGCGCAGGCCCCCUCGCCCGCGCCCUACCACGGCUACGGCAUG